AUGCCGGGGUUGGGUUGGAACCAUGAAGCUUCCGACUUGGGCAAACUGGCAGUAUCCCAGCCUUCGUGGUUCCUUAAGGUAGCACGGCAGCUAGCUACCGAAAGGGUGUUACAGCCGAACGGUUUUUGGGGGCGAGAUGGCUCAAUGGUUAUUGACUGGAAGGUUCGUGGUUCGAAGCCGACCUCUACCUCUCGACUUCCCCUGUCUAGGCUAGGGCAACCAGAUCCCAGCCCUCUUGCUUUCUUCUGGUGGCAUGGGAGGAAGAGUGAAAGUUGGUGGGUAACGGGAUCAAUUCUAGCCAAACACAAUAGUUCCAAGAAAUGGUAUUGCGUUUGCAUUUCCAGCCCACCACCGCUGCCUUGCUGUUGGGUUUUUAGCCAAAGGCUUUGCUUGAGGACCUUAAUCGUCCAUCUGACUAUGUGUGGGUGCCCUGACAGUACCCUAGCCCACGUACAACCAUACCUACGUCUAACAGUAAACUCAUGCCACGUCAGCCGUCGCGUGGUGCCAUUAGCCAGGUCGCUUCACUCACUGCAUACAGCAGGGCGGUUAGGCGAAAAGAGGCUACUAUUGACGCCUCCAUUCUUUAUCUUUCACAUACUUCUUCCGAGCACUUAA